UCCGACAGAAGCAUCUCAACCACCAUGGCUAACAGUAAAUUAGUUUGUGUUUUAUGUGUACUCUUUUCACUGACAUAUGUUUUAUGUGAAGUAGAAGACUUGCAACCCAUCUAUAAGUCUACCGAGGAGACCCUUCAGAAGGCCAAGACUCAUGUGGACCACAUGCUAAACAUGAGUCCUCUGCCUAACGCAGAAAAGAUUCCUUCUCUGGUCAAAAAUGAGAGUGAACAUAUGGCUCAUGAGAUCAAGAAACUGGCCACUCACCUUCAAGAGAAGAUCGCUACUGGUGAACACUCCCCCGAGAUGAAGGAAGCAGUGAAUGCUGCGGUGACUCAUCUCAACGAAGCCGCAGAGACACUUCACGGCGCAGGCAGCGACCUCAAGCAGGACAACACCAAGUACUACGAAGCUGCAGAGAAGCUGCUGGGCUCAGCCAAGAGCAUUAUGGCUGUUGGACCUUGCCCGGAGAUCUCUCCUGUACUUAAAGGAGCUCUUCACGAACUGACUCACGACAUCAACAACUACCAGUACGGAAUCCACGACAUGAUCGGCCCUCAUGAAGGAGGCCCUAGCGAAGGCCACAUUGAAGAACACAAUCAUCAUCAUCACAUUCACAAACACAACGGACAGAGCAGCGAAGAGGAGAGUCAAGAGAGCAAAGAGAAGUCAUCCUCCGGCCACAGCCAUCAUCACCAUCAUUAAUCAUCGAAACAAGAGCCAUCAUAAUCAUCAAAGCCACAAAUAUUAUCAUCAUUAAUAAUUCAGGGAGGCUACACCCAAUAACAUCAUUAAAAAUACUAAGGCUAUAGCUAUCACUAUUUAUCUCAAAUUUCAUCUAAACACUUACAUUAAAAGAACAUUUUCUCAUUUUGUCAGGUAUUGAAAUAUUGGAUUCAAUUAAUUACCACGUAUGCCAAACGCAAAAGAUUGUGAACUAUUUCUUCUCUACUAAAGUGUACAAAAUAAUAAUUUAAUGUCUUUUUAUAGUCAUGAUGUUUUGCGUCUGCUAUAUUUGUGGGAUACUCAAAUCCAAGUCAAUGACUUUGUAAAAAAGUUACUUAGCCUAAUGAUUUUUCACCUUUUAGUCAUAAACAUUAUAUCCUCUAGUUUUCUUACAGCAAAAGCAGGCUGUAUUCAAUUUUAUUUUCAUUCUCUUAAACAGGUUAUUCUGUUGUGACAUUGUUGCAUGUUCCUCCCUUCUCUGUUCCAUAAGUAACCCAACAAUCUUUUUUUUAAUUAUUAGCCACAAAAUCUGUCCUAUAUAAAGAUUCUAUUCUUAUGUUGAAAAAUUAAUCAUAUUUUACAUUCAAUUUAAUCGUUUAAAUAAAAAAAAACCAAAAUUGUGCUAAAUACCUAUGUUCACUAAAAUUAUAUAUAGAGAGGGUUUUUAAAACAC